ACUGUCAUUUAUUAUUAUUUAACCUAACUUUUUACACUAAUUGUCAUAAAGCAGCAUAGAUGUAUAUAUUUCUUAUUCUUCUAUUUAUUUAUUUAUUAAGUUUUAUUGUGUGAAAAGCAAGUGUGAAGACAAUGGAAAUAUUUUCUUUUUGAAAAUAAAAUCGAAGAUUUUUAUUGUUAAUUUUGAGGAACUUGCAUUACCAGAAUGAAUUUCUCCACUCUUUGCGAUUUCCUGGACAUCGUUAGAACUGCAAAAGGCGUUUCAGAAAAAUCAAAACUAACAAAAACCUUCGUCAAAUCUCUCCGUGAGCAACAACAAGACUUAUUUUGCGUUUUAAGGUUGGUUGUACCGAAAUUAGACCGUGAUAGGCCUUCGUACAGACUGAAAGAAUCGAAAAUUGCCAAACUUGUAAUAAAAAUGUUGGAUCUGCCUAAUGGUGGUGAUAAAAUGGUAUUACAAAAAGGCAUCGUGGGUACAACUGUCGAUUUCGUCGACAUAAUUUACUCUGUUUUACAAAAAUAUAUCAUUAACAAAGAAAUCGGUUUAACGAUAAGCAACAUAAACGACUUUUUGGAUAAAAUCGCAAAUCGAUCAAAUGAUUCAGGCUUGGACGACAUCGUCUUACAAAUCUUUCUCAAAUUAUCACCACGCAACAUAAAAUGGCUCAUCCAAAUCAUAUUAAAAGACCUCAAACUCGGUUUUAGCGAAAACUCCAUUUUAAACUGCUUUCAUCCAAAUGGGGCUGACUUUUUCGCUACGAACAGCAAUUUGAAGACUUUCUGCGAUCUCAUUAGUGACCCCCAAGUCAAAUUGAGCGAAAUGGAAAUAAAUAUUUUUCAGUCGUUCAGACCGAUGCUCUCAAAACGUUGCGACGCUUCAAACUUUAAAAAAUGUUUCCCCGAGUCGAAAAGUUUCAUCGUUGAAAAUAAAUUUGAUGGUGAAAGGUUUCAACUUCACAUGUCUGAGGGUCAGUUUAAGUAUUUCUCGCGGAACGGUUUCGAUUACACUGAAAUUUACGGAGUGUCAUUUAACGAAGGAAUUUUUACCCCAAAAUUGUGCAAUGUUUUCGCAUCUGAAACCAAGAGGGUGAUUCUAGAUGGCGAAAUGAUGCUUUGGAAUAAAGAAACGCGCAAUUUCGGGUCGAAAGGAAUGAAUUUUGAUGUGAAAAAGUUGGGGGAAGAUAAAAAAUACCAACCCUGUUUUUGCGUUUUUGAUAUUUUGUUACACAACGACAAAAUUUUGACCAACCAGCCGUUGUUUAAACGGUUAAAUUGUCUCAAAAGUGUAGUCAAAAACCAGGUUGAGGGCACCAUUGUUCUGAGUCAAUAUGCUGAAGUAAAUUCCUGGGAUGAUCUCGUCAAUGCUUUGAAUUCUUCAGUUGACAAAAACGAGGAAGGUAUUGUUGUUAAAGACACCAAAUCGGUUUACAAAUGCAGUGAUCGAAACAGUGGUUGGUUUAAAGUCAAAAUGGAAUAUUUCGAUGAUGUUGUCCACGAUUUGGACGUGAUUUUGAUGGGGGGUAGUUACAGUUCGGGUAAACUUAAUUCAUUCUUUGUUGGGGUCAGUUCGGGGGCUAACACGUAUCUAUCAUUCGGUCGCAUUUCCUCCGGUUUAAGUGACGAACAACUCGACAUUUUGAACGAUAAAUUUAAAACGAAAGGAAUUGAUUUCAAGUCAUUUUCAACCAAGACUGAAGGCAAGCUUCAUUUCGGCCGUGACAGGCCUGACUUGUACAUCGAGCCCCAAAAUUCGUGCAUUUUGCAAAUGAGAGCUACAGAAUUGGUUCGAACCACGAACGAUACAGUUAAGUGUCCCUACACUUUACGUUUUCCCCGUGUUUUGAAAAUCAGAGACGACAAACCGGUCGAUGAGUGUUUUUCAAUGAAUGAACUUCUGGAACUCGCAGGGCAAAACAAAGCUAUUAUCAAACUUAACAAGCGGCACAUUGAACUGUCUGAAAUCUGUGCCAAAGCAAAACCUGCGAAGAAAAUCAAACUUGAGGUUCUCAAGUCGGAUUUGUUGUCCGAUUCCGGGGAUUUUUUAACCGGAAAGCGCUUUUACGUCGAUUCCGGGACACAAAAAUGGGGGCUUAAUGAUAUCUACCAUUCGAUUAAGAAAGCCGGGGGUGCGCUAAGCUAUCGCGUAGAACCGAACGUUGAUGUGAUUAUUGUUUCCAAAGUUAGUAAGAAAAUAGCCGAAUUGAUGAAGCAAAUGAAUCAUUUUGAUAUAAUCCACGUUGAUUGGUUGCACCGUGUUAUGGAAUAUCGCCAGUUGGUUGAUUACAAGCCGGAGGAAAUAUUUUACAAAGGGACGAAUUUUCGUCGAGAUGUCGGUUCAGAUUUGGAUAAAUUUGGCGAUUCCUUUAUUGGGAAAGCGACGAAAGAGUCGUUAAAGUGUGCUUUCAGGUUGAUGCAAGAAUCGGGUGAUUUUUUAAAUACAAACGGUGCGGUAAUUUGUGGUGAUAAGCCGAGUUUUGGGGAGUACAUCGCGUAUUUUGAUUGUUUUGAAGAGAUUAAUAAUCCGGAUUCAAAACAGAUUUAUUAUUCCCUUCCGGAUGAAGCAGAGUUUGCGUUUUAUAACGGUACUACUGUUAAAGAAAUUACGUCAGAUGUUAAUUUGAUAGUAAUUGCAGAAAAUAACGAAGAACGUGUGUCAAUUAUAAGUGAUUUUUUAUCUAAUGAAGGGUUUGCGAUGAUUGAUAUUGUUACGAAAGAUUUUUUAUACAGUCGAAUUUCUAGUCAAAAGUAGUUCUAUAGUGAAUCAGUAAUUGUAUAAUUGCCUUUUAUUGUAUUUCAUUUGUAAAUUUUGUAACUGAAUAAACUUUUAGUACCUAAU